AUGGGCCUUCUUGACUCUGGCGCGGACACUACUUGCUUUUCUCCCACCGAUUGGCCCCCCGAUUGGCCCACCACUGCCUCCUUCGACUCUGUCUCUGGAGUCGCAGGGACAGUCAAACAAGUCCUCAUCAGCGCCAAUAAAUUGGUCUGGCAAGACGAGGACGGAGACACUGGCCUUGUUCGCCCGUACAUUAUCCCAGACCUGCCCAUUAAUUUGUGGGGCCGAGACAUCAUGGAGCAAAUGGGUGUAUAUAUCAUCAAAUGCAGAAACCCUGCCGCUCUAGCCCAAAUGAUGCAGCAAGGCUAUACGCCCUCUAAAGGCCUGGGACGAAAUUUAUAA